AUGAUACCCAAUUGCACUUCACAGAAAAUAGAUAGAAAUGCCGAGCAGAGUGUUAAAAACAUAGCCAAUAAAAAAGAAAAUAUUUCUAAAGAGGCAAACAGUGGAAGCAAGCCCGCCCAGUUUCUGUUCAAGUUCAACAACUACACCAGAAAAACAGGCAAAAACAUUCCCCUUCUGCACAACAUUUCGUUUGAGCUGCCAAAAGGAAAACUCAUUGCCCUGAUGGGGCUUAGCGGAGAAGGAAAAUCCACGCUUUUUGAAAGUAUGUCAGGGCGGUGCUCGAGCAGCCACAAAACAUACGGAGAGGUUUGCAUAUACAAGAAAGACGGGUCUCUCGUAAAAAGAAACGCGGAAGAGUGGGUAAAAAGAGUGAACUACCACAUGCAGGAGGUAACCCAGUACAGAAAUAUACCCGUACACUCUUUGCUUUGCUCGAUUGCCAGGUGCUACGGGAAGGACAAAAAAAUAGUAGAAAACCUUCUUGUGCACUUUCGAGUGAGCAAAGCAAAGCACACUUUGUUUUCAAAGCUGUCAGGGGGCGAGCAGAAAAGAAUCAUGACAAUUGUUGGAAUUAUCAGCGAAAAAGAGCUUAAUCUGUGGGACGAGCCGCUGACAGGCCUGGACUCAGAAAUAGCCAAGAAAACUCUGCGCUUCAUGAAGAACAGCAGGACAACAAACGUUGUCAGUGUCCACCAGCCAUCCAUUGAGAUAAUGAACAUGUUCGACUGGGUGAUAUUCAUGCACAGCUCAACUGUUCUGUACUCAGGACCGUACACAGGGAUGCAGGAGUACUUUCAGCAGAGGGGAAUAGAAUUCAAUGAAAAUAUUUUGUUCAUAGACUACCUGAUGCGGCUGAGUGCGGAUAAUCCUGAAAAUCCAACAGACAGAGAAAACAUUGCAAAGCUCAGCAGACUCACCCAGGAGAUUCUCAGCCGCAGGGAGGGCGAGCGAGGAGAGGAUAACGUGUUUCUGACAAACUCGUACAGUGUAAAUUUUAUCAGAGUAAAGGAAAUACUAAACAGAUCGCUCUAUUUUGACAAAGGGUUCAAAGGGUCUUCCAUCCUCUAUGAGAUUAUCUACUACACCUUUUGGCUCUUUGUUCUGAUGCUUGGCUGCAUAAUCCUCGAAAAAACCAUCAUGUCGUACAGCAACGGAUUUCUGAAAAAAAUGUUCUUCGAUCCAAUAUAUACAAUAAUCGACAUUCUAGACUCGCAAGAAUUUUCUUCUUCUUCAGACUACAUCGAGACACUAAAAGAAUGUUUAACUACGGUAGUGAACGCAAAGUGGGUCUCAGGGGCUAUCUACUUUUUUCAAACAGAACGCGCCCUUACCUUUAUAAGCAUGGUGAGUUUGUUUUCAAAUUUGACAAACACUGACUACUACAGACUGUGCAAAAUAAAUAUCACAGAGGGCCAGUUUACAGUGGGAGACUUUUUAGUUGCACAGACCAUUGAGAUCUGCAGCAGAAAGAUUCCCAUGGCUUUCUUCUUUUCCACAGUCUCCUACUAUCUGCUCUACAGCUCCUUCGUAGAGGACGAUAUAAAAGCGUACUUUGUGCCAAAUAUGCUUGACAUUGUGCUUGUCUCUGCAGUCAGCUCGUUUGUGAUGGGGCUGUACGUUCUGGCUAUUCACAUGAUGCCAGUCUCUUCAAAGGUGUACAUGUAUGUGGGCACAGCUGUGCUUUUACUGACGCAAUCAAUAAUUCUGCAGCUUGAGUCGCUUUCAGGUUUUCUGGAUAGCAAUGCAGCCGCACUGAUCAACGAUAUGAUGAAGGGAGAAGUGGACCUCAACAAGCUUAGCAUGAAAAAGAUAGCUAGAGAGCACCAUCCGUUUUACGAUCUAAGAAUCAGCAUGCUGCAGAAGAAGCCCUGCUUUUUGGAUGGCCUUGUGGCCGAUGAGAUCGAAACAGAGGGGCUUCAGUUCAAACAUUUUCUGCUAUCAGUAUUUUCGUAUGUGCUAAAAACCUUCUAUCAGCUGGGGCCUUUUGCAAUCAAUGAAGAGCUCCUGACAAAGAUGCGCCUGUACAGAGAAACAAUAUACAGCGUGGAAGGAGCAGAAAGCCUAGCAAGAUACAUUGAUUCUAAAUCUACACUCAGUCUGAGCAUGGAUAUCAUUCAAGAGAUAGAGAAAAAGCGGGGGAUAAUGUACAUAGGAGACAUGGAAAAGGAGCUGAAUAUGCACGAGCUUCUUGAUCCGUCUAGUCUCAUUGACAAAGUGACACUGGGAUCCAUUGCCAUGUCUGUUUUGCGCGUGCUGAUUCCUCCUGUAUGCAUUCUAGCAGUUACAGGAGCCUUCAAGUACAGACAGCUCCAGCCAAAGAUAAGAAACUAG